AAAAAUAAUAUUGUAGAAUGUACUUAUGUUUAUAAGAAAUUUAUGACUAUGAAUCUGCAAUCAAUCACAAACAAGUCUGGCUAAUUGGCUCUGCCAAAGCCAUUUUUCAAAAAAAAAAGUAUAUAAAAACGUUUUAAAAUAUUAAAAAUUCAGUAAUAUACAAUUUCAUUAACCCAUUUAGUAAUGACGCGGUAUAAAAUAUAUUCACUGUGUCGGUACUCCAUAUAUGCUACGGGCCGUUUUUUAUGCGUUUAUCGUGAGGACUUUUUGAAAAGACAAUCAACGACUUUAUUUACAAACCAGUCAUUUAUUCAACACACAUGCCAUAAGCAAUCCAGCUAAUAACCUUUCAUGAUUGACACGUCUCAUUAAAAUUGUGAUAAAGGAAAAGAUAUAAAAACGACGCCAUAUAACUUCAAUAUUCAAAAAUAAUUAGAAGAAGACCUCUAUUCGUUUUAGUUUAUUACAAAUCGUGUUUAUAAAAUUCGCGUUUUUCAAAAUUUGUUUUCCAAAAUGAUUCCUGAGUUAUGGAUAAAAGGUAAUUGUGUUACUCAAAUGUUAACAAAAGAAACAUUAAAGAAAUACAGACAUCUACUAAAAUGGAAAAAGAAUGAAACAAUUCUCGAGUUUGGUGCGGCACAUGGAAAUACUUCAGUCAAAUCAGUUCUACCAACCUUACCAGAAGAUUACAAAGAGUAUAUUCUAAGCGAUAUUUCGCCUGAUAUGGUUAACCAUAUGAAACAGAAUCUACAUAUACCUAGAAGUAAAGUCAUACAACAUAAUAUUGCUACCAAACAGGUUCAAAACGAAUUCGUAAAUAAGUUUGACCACAUUUUUGGUAUACACGUGAUGCACAUGGUGCCAAAUCCCAGACAAGCUUUCAUUAACAUUAACAAAAUGCUCAAGCCAGGCGGUCAAGUUUUUGUUUUAUUCGAUGAACGCUUACCGAUGGAUCAUGCUUUCCACAAUCUGCUCAAAUAUCCAAAAUGGUCGAGGUACGGGCAUAUGUUGUCCCCCCAUUACUACAGCGUCAAUGUGGAAGCAUCGUAUAAAAAAGAUAUUGAGGCUGCAGGGUUCAAAUCCUAUACCUUAAAUGUCGAAAAGGAUUACCAGAUCUGGUUUGAAAGUGAGGAGAAUAGAAGAACUAUAUACACUGCAGUUAAUAAUGUGCUGCCAAGGAUACCUGAAGACCAAAGGGAUGAAUAUCUAAGGGAUUACCAUAAGGAAGUCGAAAGUACUGGUCAUGUAUUCUUUAUGGAAAGAGAUGGACAACAAAUACCAUACGUCAAUGUGAAUUUAAUUGUUGGUGUGCUAAACAAAGACUGAUAAAAAACUUACAAUAAUAAAUAAAGGCAAUGAAAAAUUUAAAAAA